GGAAGUUUCUCUCUCUGUCAAAAUGAAACAUUAAAAUGAGGCGUACGCGGGGGGAUAAAAACAAUGACGCGUAAAAUACCAAAGAGAUGGCAAGGCUGUGGCAUCUCAUGCUCCUGUGCUGGGCAUGGAGUCCUCUGUGUCUUCCAUCCAGUGUAAGCUUCAUUGGUACACCGCAGCAAUGUGAAAACGCUCACUUUGUCCCUGGUUACAAUCUGGGUGGAGAAGGCUUCGACAUCGUCACAAUGGAGCGGAAAGGUGCCUAUGUCAUCGACUCUGAAACAUGGAAGCUUGGCAAUGGCACUUGCAGGCUGUACACAAACAGCUACAUGAAUAGAGAGAGCCAGAAGGUUCCAGCUGCCAUGGUGGACUGGAGAACCCUCCCCAAGUGCAGUUUAAAGGUCUCCGGUAUCCAGUAUGAUUCUGUCGAAACUCUUGUCAAUGAUUCUACAUCAUCCGUGUCCAAUGAUUGGAAAAUUGGCCUUGAAAUCCCUGUAGAUCCAUCUGUCACUCUUGGUGUUGGUUUUGGAGGUUCCCACUCCAAAGAAUCUACCUUUGCCAUGCAAAAGUCGAAACAAGACCACUACAACUUCUUUAGCCAUUCUGUAUACUGUAGCUUCUACCGCUACAGAAUGGCAACAAAACCUCCACUGAGUCAUGACUUUGAAUCAGCUGUGGACUCCCUUCCGUCCUAUUCACGUAAGACAGAGCCAUCAUAUCGCAGUCUGAUCGACACAUAUGGUACACAUUACAUCACACAAGUGUCUCUGGGAGGGGAAAUAAAAGCAAGCACUGCUGUCCGGACCUGCCAGACAACCAUGAGUGGACUGUCUGCAACAGACGUCAAAGACUGUUUGUCAGUCGAGGCCUCUGCUAGCUUUGCAAGUACUGCUAGCAUUAAGGCUGAGUACCAACACUGUCAGGCAAAGAAGCAGAAGUUAGGCUCUAGUCAAAGUUUCAGCAGCACAUUUAAUGAACGUACCACAGAGAUCAUUGGUGGAAACAUCAACGAGGCUGAUAUCCUCUUUGAAGGCCAAUCAAACCCCUCUGUCUAUAGUAACUGGCUUAGCUCACUGAAAACCACACCUGAUGUGGUCCGAUACAACAUUAAUCCCCUGCACACCAUACUGCCAACUGGUCAUAUUGCCAGAGCCGGACUGAAGCAAGAGGUGGAGAAGUACAUCAAGAAAAAUGCAGUGUUGAAAAAAUGCUCAGAAACCUGUAAGAUUGGGCACAGAUCCAGCAAAAGGGAUCCUUGUGCUUGUGUUUGCAACAGUAGUCAGAAUAUCAAGUCAAACUGCUGUCCUGUUGGGAAAGGUCUUGCAACAUUAAAGGUUUUCAGGCUCUAUGCAGAAGGUCUUUAUGGUGAUGAGUGGACUCAGACAGAUGGUUCAGUGGAGGUUAGUUAUGGUGAUAAGAUUAAGCGUACUGUCAUCAUAGGUGACAAUGACAAUCCUAAAUGGCCAGAGACAUUUGAGUUUGGACCCAUCGUCAUUAACAUGAAAAACCAACUUACGUUUAGUGUUUAUGAUGAGGAUUCUUACUGGAACAGUGAUCUGCUUGGUGGGUGUUCAUUUGAUCUGCAUAAAGGAAAAGUGAGCGACAGCUGCAUGUUAAAGCACGGUACCUUCUUCUUCUCCUACAUAGUAGAAUGUGCACCAAGUCUUGGUGGUGACCAAUGUCAAGAAUACAUCCCCUCCCCAAUAAGUUCCUCUUUGGCCAAGGUCUUCCACACUAGAAACGGGGUCCUUCUUGGAGAGACAGAGGGGAAGGUCAGUCAGUCAGGUUAAGGUCACUUGUUGACUUGAGAUGGGGUGAUCAGAGAAUUAGGAUUUAAUUUUAUGAUUAUCUUGCAUGUAGUUAAUUGCAUUGUUCACACUG